AUUGCUUCAAAUUAGCACCGCUGCCAAAUUGAAAACCCCAUUUCCUAGUCCUCUCCUCUCCUGACUUGCUGAACAGGAAAGGAACCGGAGAAGAAAGAAAGCCCUCCAGAAAGCUAAACUUGAGCAUGUCGAUGGCGGCAGCAGAGACCGGAAGGUCCGACGCCGACACGGAGGAUUUGCUGGACCGAAUGUUGACUCGGCUGGCACUGUGCGAUGACCCAAACCUCGAGGCCUUGCUAUCAAGGCUCCUCCCUCUCGCUAUUUCCACUCUGUCGUCUCAGUCCACCGCUGUUCGGAACAAGGUUCUGGAGAUUUUAAGUCAUGUGAACAAAAGAGUGAAGCACCAGCCUGAAAUUGGUUUGCCAUUGCAAGAUUUGUGGAAGCUGUAUUUGGAUUCUAAUGCUGCUUCCAUGGUUAGGAAUUUCUGCGUUGUCUACAUUGAGAUGGCUUUUGAUCGAGUAGAUGUGAAGGUGAAGGAAAGUAUGACACCUUUGCUUUUAGAGAACAUUUCCAAGCUCCCUCCUCAACACCAAGACAUUAUCUUGAGGAGUGCUGCCAAGGUUAUUGGUGAGUGUCAUGCUAGUGAGAUUGACGAACAGGUUGCUACCAAAUAUAGAUCGUUUAGUGUUUCUCAGGAUAUGGAAUUGUUCGUUGAUUUCUGUCUUGACGUACUAUUGUAUCAACAACCAUCGCAAAGUGGAGGUUGUCCACCUGGGCUUUCAGUUGCUAAGAGCAAUCGUGUUGCUGGAAAGCAUCCACUGAAUGGUGAUGUGCUGUUGACUAGAAAGUUAGGGGUUUUGAAUGUUAUUGAAGCAAUUGACCUGGCUCCAGAACAUGUUUAUCCCUUAUAUUUAGCUGCUACUGCCGAUUGUCAAGAGCCAGUAAUUAAGAGAGGGGAACAGCUCCUGAAGAAAAAGGCAGUGGGUGCUAAUCUAGAUGAUCUGAAUUUGCUGAAGAAAUUGUUUACAUUAUUUAACGGAAGCAUUGCUGUUGAAAGUAUUGCCCCUGAAUCAAGAGUUUCUCCCGGAAGCGUUGUGUUGAAAACAAAAAUAAUGACAAUCUUUUGCCGGUCAAUUGCAGCAGCAAAUAGUUUUCCUGCAACGCUUCAGUGCAUUUUCACCUGCAUAUAUGGGAGUGGUACCACUUCAAGGUUAAAGCAGAUGGGGAUGGAAUUUACUGUCUGGGUAUUUAAACAUGCAAGCAUUGACCAGCUGAAGAUUAUGGGGCCUGUUAUAUUGAAUGGCAUUCUGAAGCUGCUUGAUGGUUACUCAUUCUCAGAAUCAGAUGCUGCUGCCAGGGAGACAAAAAACUUCUGUUUUCAAGCUAUCGGAUUACUUGCGCAGCGCCUUCCCCAUCUCUUUAGAGAUAAGGUUGACAUGGCUGUUAGACUUUUUGAUGCACUGAAAAUGGAAUCGCAGUCUCUACGUCUUGUGAUCCAAGAAGCGACUAAUUCUCUGGCAGCUGCAUAUAAGGUAGACCUCACCGCCUUCUACGGCUGGAUGGGUUCUUUCCCUUUCCUAUCUUUCGCACUUGAACAAGACGAAGUGCGUUUCUGUGCGAUGAGAUGGGCGACAUCUUUGUUUGAUUUGCAGCAUUAUCCCAGUCGAUUUAUUUGUAUGCUUGGAGUAGCCGACUCUCGGUUGGACAUUAGGGAGUUGGCCCUUGAAAGCCUCUUUCCAGUCAAAGAUGAAGGCCAUGCUAUUAGUCAAGAUCUUGAGAUAAAGUACCCAAGAGUUGAAGGCAUGUUGGAUUAUAUUUGUAAGCAACAGCCAAAGUUGUUGGAUUCAAGCGAUAUGGGACAUAACCUUCUUUUUCCUUCUGGAACGUAUGUCGCCAUGAUCAAAUUUCUAUUGAAGUGCUUUGAGUCAGAGUUGAAGCUAGACAGCUCUUUAGGUCGAUCAUCUGAGUUUCUUUCUACAGUGGAGAAACUGUGUACACUGUUAGAGCAUGGAAUGGCAUAUGAGGGUUCCGUUGAGUUGCAUGCUACAGCCUCAAAGACUAUAGUAACAGUCGGUUCUUUUCUUCCACAGAUGAUGGCUUUACGGUAUGCUCAUAGAAUAUCAUGGCUAAGACAGUUCCUGAGUCACAUAGACCUAGAUACCCGCGAAUCUGUGGCUCGACUUCUUGGGAUAGCUUCCUCAGCUCUUCCCAUUGGCACAUCAUCUGAUCUUAUUCAAGAGUUGCUUUCCUCAAUUAGCAAAUCUAAUAAUAUGAGGUUUGAGGUUCAGCAUGGAACAUUAUCUGCAUUGGGAUAUGUCACUGCAGAUUGUGCAUCUAGAAUACCUACGAUUGAGGAGUCAAGGCUUCAGGAUGUACUCAGAUGCCUGACGAAAGUUGCCAACUCUGAGAGCCCAGUUUUGGCCUCUAUUGCAGUGCAAGCUCUUGGUCAUAUUGGAUUACGGGUACCCUUACCACCAAUUCCUGAUAAUAACCGUUCAGCUCAUGUUCUUGAACUAUUGCAUGACAAGCUGAGCAAGCUGCUUUCUGGUGACGAUACAAAAGCAAUUCAGAAAGUUAUUAUCUCCCUCGGACAUAUGUGUAUGAAGGAAACAUCACCGUCGACUCUUAAUCUCGCGCUUGAAUUGAUGUUUAAACUCUGUCGGUGCAAGGUCGAGGAUGUCUUGUUUGCUGCCGGGGAGGCUUUGUCAUUUCUGUGGGGUGGUGUCCCUGUGACAGCUGAUGUGAUUCUUAAAACAAACUAUUCUUCUCUUUCCACAAGUUCAAACUUUCUUCUGGCAGAUAUUAGCUCAUCUUUUCCAGAUCAUGACACUUGUUCGAGAAUCGAAGAUAACGAGGAUUAUCAUGUCGCAGUCAGAGAUGCAAUUACUAAACAGCUCUUCAAUGUGCUUUUAUAUAGCAGCAGGAAAGAAGAGCGCUGUGCUGGAACUGUGUGGCUGCUGUCACUGACUAUGUAUUGUGGCCAUCACCCUGUCAUUCAACAGAUGCUUCCUCAAAUUCAGGAAGCAUUUUCUUACUUACUUGGUGAACAACAUGAACUAACACAAGACUUGGCAUCUCAAGGAAUGAGCGUCGUAUAUGAUCUUGGUGAUGCAUCGAUGAAGAAGAAUUUGGUAGCUGCACUAGUUAGCACUUUAACUGGUUCGGGGAAGAGGAAAAGAGCCAUCAAGCUGGAAGGAGAUACUGAAAUUUUUCAUGAGGGAACUAUCGGUGAAAGUCCUACUGGGGGGAAACUUAGCACUUACAAGGAGCUUUGCAGUCUUGCAACUGAGAUGGGCCAACCAGACUUGGUUUAUAAGUUCAUGGAUCUUGCUAAUCAUCAAGCAUCCCUAAACUCUAAAAGGGGGGCUGCUUUUGGAUUCUCGAAGAUAGCCAAGCAAGCUGGGGAUGCUCUCCAACCCCAUUUACGAUUACUAGUCCCAAGGCUGAUUAGAUAUCAGUAUGAUCCUGAUAAAAACGUGCAGGAUGCUAUGGCACACAUAUGGAAGUCAUUGGUGGCUGAACCGAAGGUAACCAUUGAUCAACAUCUGGACCUUAUUUUUGACGAUUUGAUAAGUCAGAGCGGAUCUAGGCUUUGGCGUUCACGUGAGGCCUCCUGUCACGCCCUUGCAGAUAUUAUCCAAGGGCGGCCAUACAGUCAGGUAGGCAAGCAUUUGAAGGAAAUAUGGACAGUAGCAUUUCGUACCAUGGAUGACAUAAAAGAGACUGUACGAAAUGCUGGGGACAAGUUAUGUCGUGUUGCAACUACGUUGACUUUGAGGCUAUGUGACAUUUCCCUCACUGAAAUAUCAAAUGCCAGCAAAGCAAUGGAAACCGUUCUACCUUUGUUGCUCACCGAAGGCAUGCUAAGUAAAGUUGAUAGCGUCAGAAAGGCUUCAAUUGGAGUUGUUAUGAAGCUUGCAAAGGGUGCAGGCGUUGCACUUCGUCCACAUCUGCCUGAUUUAGUUUGCUGCAUGCUGGAAAGUUUGUCUAGUCUUGAGGACCAAGGUCUCAAUUAUGUUGAGCUUCAUGCCGCUAAUGUUGGAAUCCAGACAGAAAAACUGGAGAGUUUGCGAAUUUCGAUAGCAAGAAGCUCCCCUAUGUGGGAAACUCUAGAUCUCUGCAUUAACGUUUUGAAUGCAGAGUCAUUAGAUCUUUUAGUGCGACGUGUUGCUCAUUUGGUCAGAUCAGGGGUUGGCCUCAAUACUAGGGUUGGUGUAGCCAACUUCAUCAGCCUAUUAGUUCCCAAAGUUGGUGCAGAGAUAAAGCCAUUCACGGGCAUGUUAUUGAGGCCGUUGUUUCCAGCUGUUCAGGCGGAGAGAAGUGUUGCUGCAAAGCGUGCAUUUGCAAAUGCUUGUGCUGCUGUUUUGAAACAUUCAGGUUCUUCUGAGGCCCAAAAGUUAAUUGAAGACACAGUUGCUUUGCAUGUUGGUGAUAAAAAUGCACAAAUCUCUUGUGCUGUUCUGUUGAAGAGCUUUUUGUCUGGGGCAUCUGAUGUUAUGAGUGGAUACCAUGCAACUGUGGUUCCUAUCAUUUUCAUUUCAAGAUUUGAGGACGACAAGCAGAUUUCUGGAAUAUAUGAGGAAUUGUGGGAGGACACCACUAGUGGGGAACGUGUAACCCUCCAACUGUAUUUGGAAGAGAUCCUUUCUCUUGUCAGUGAGGGGCUUGUAUCAUCAUCAUGGUCAAGUAAACGAAAGUCUGCCCAAGCAAUUGUGAAGCUUACUGAAGUCUUGGGUGAAUUAUUGUCUUCUCAUCAACGCAUUCUACUUGAAUCUCUUAUGAAAGAGCUUCCUGGUCGUAUCUGGGAGGGGAAGGAUGCUCUUCUCGAUGCCCUUGGUGCACUUUGUACCUCUUGCCACAAUGCAAUUUCCUCUGAAAAUCCCGCGACAGCAAAUGACAUUCUUCUUAUUGUAUCUUCUGCAUGCACUAAAAAAUCGAAGAAAUACCGUGAAGCUGCAUUCUCGUCACUUGACCAGGUCAUAAAAGCCUUUGGUUAUCCAGAGUUCUUCAAUGUCAUUUUCCCGAUAUUGUCUGGGAUGUGCAGCUCAGGUGCUGCCAAUAAAUCAGCUCCUCCACCUAAGAUAAAUCAGGCUGCUAAAGCAGAGCCAGCUGACGAUGAGGAGUCCAAUGCUCCAGUGGAAAAAGUCCUGAGUUGCAUCAUGUCUGCCGUUCACGUUGCAAAGGUUGACGAUGUUCUUCAACACAGAGAGAAUUUGAUGCAAGUGCUCUUGGUUUCCUUUGCACCGGGGUUUCAGUGGAUAGUUAAAAUGGCGGCAUAUUCACUAGUGAAGGAAUUAUGCUCAAGGUUCGACAGCGUCUUAAAUGAGAACUCUGGCCAUCCAUCUCAGCACGACAGCGUCAACUCAUUGAUUAAGGAGCUGUUUGUUUCCUUAUCACCAAAGGUAGUUGAAUCCAUAGCUACUGUAAAGAUUGGUCAGGUUCACAUUGCUGCAUCGGAGUGCCUCGUGGAGAUCGGGAAACUGGCCUGCCGUGUUUCUGCGUUGCAGUGGGCGGAUGUUGGGUAUAAAGAAGAGCUGCUUCAUCUAUACGAGGUUGAAAAGAACCAGGAAGCCAAGUCGCACCUGAAGAAAUUCAUGGCCAUGUUUCAAUAGUUGCUCUCUUUCCGCCUUGUUUUUACUUAGCUCGGAACAGUAACUGGAGAAACCCUUUUGGUAAUCACACCCAUAUGAUGGAACGAAUAAUACAUCAUUCUUACUAAAAUGCAUACAUUCUUCACAAACUAAGUCGGAUCAAGUGGCAAAAUAGCUCUCGUCAUUGGUUCCUUACCGGAAAAAUCAGUUGUAGCAUAUUUAAACUCCGUUAGAAGGUUUAUCGAUUGAACUAUUGGUAUGAUAUGGUUUUUCGCUCCUUGCUUAAAAGUGGGUUAGUAAGUGUAAUUGGGAGUGUGUAAUUCACAAUUGAACCGAACGUAUCCUUAUUCCUCAUCAUUUUUGGUACAUUCGAGUGUAAUUAUAGUUCUACAAACAAUCUUAAUG